AAGCGUGUGUGGAACACGAGUGGAACGGAGGGGGGAAUCUGAGGCUUGGAGCCAAGAGCGGGAUGCUGAGAGGCAGAGGAGGUAGGCGGCCAUGUUGCCGUCUCCCGAGAGAAGAGAGAACGAUUCGAGAGGCUGCUUCGUUUGUUGCUUGCAGCGGCGCGACUGAAACUUUCGGCGGUUUAAAUUUUACUCCCGUAUUUUACAUUCUUUUCUCAGAUACAAAGUGCACAUUUUCAAAACAGUACAUUUCUUUCAGCGCGUUAAACUUGAAGAUCCCGUUGAAUGAUCGAUUGGUAAAAUCUUCUAGUGAUUGUAUGCGACGGUAAAUCAUCGUUGUCGUCGCCGUGAACAAGUGUGUGACUGAAGCCGGUGCGCGAUUGUACGAUUCGGAACAAGAUAUUCGGAACCAGUUUAAUAAGACCCAGGAACAAGUGAAUACAACCGAGUACAAUCGAGUGGACGCAUAAAACGAAACAUAGUGAUCAAUAGCAAUGUUCGAGACUCGUGAAAUGUCUACGUCAACAAUAUGUAAAUCGCGAGUGUGAUAUGAAGUGAAUAGACGACGCGUUAGAUAGAAAAAUCCAAGAUCUCACGGUGCCAUAAAUUCUUCACCGGUGAGGAACGAGAGCGAAAACUAAGAAGUGACGACGAAAGAAGCGCGGGCCUUCGAAGAAGGGUGCCCUCGAGAGGAGAGUGACUUCGAUAUUAGCGGAUAUUCGCCGAGAGAUCAUACGUUUCGGUUUACGACGAAGAUGGUGACUAUCAUUCAUUGAGAUGUAAUCCAGCACACAGGAGGGACGCUCAGUAGUUUGUAGUUGGUCCCCAUCCCUCCCCCCCCCUCUAUUACCCUAUCGUUCCCCUCGCGACCUCUGUCACCUACUCUCCCUCUCUCACCUCCCCCCGCGCACAUGCGCGCGCGAUAAUCCACUUCACCGGUAAAGCGACCAUCGGACCAGCGGCUUCUUACGAAUGCACCGGCUGUUGUAUCGCGCAACACUUCUUCCCCCCUCCCCUUCUUCUAAUGCGAUACCAACGAGUCUUUACCGCCCGCUUUUUUUCUUCGAGUAUACACGUGCCAUACAAGCCUCAGCAACCUGUGAUACGAUAAUCCGAUGCCUAAAAUUAUACAUUCGCGUAGACAUAGACGCAUAAUCGAAGACUAGAACAGACUGAAAGGUUUUCAAUCGUUACAUCUAGAAGCUGAAACAGAAACGACUGCAACUGUCGGAGGGAAAAACAGACGAUCUGGUGUAUUAAACGAAUAUUACGGUACAACGAAAAGAAGAGAACUGGAAGACAACGCCGGAGAAUGUCAACGUGUACCGACGAGGGCGACACACCCCUGCAUAUGCAGGAGGCUCUAUCUCCGGUGCAGGAGGCGCCAGUCUCGCCGGCGUCCUCCUCUCUGAGCAACCCAAAUCAAAACGAGAGCGAGCAGCAGGUCUUGCUGACGACCAUGCAGCCAGUGAAUGUGCUCGAUCUACACGAACCAUCGGCUGUGCACACUCUCCACCCCAAGUACCAUCACCAUCACCAUCAUAGUCACUACCACCAUCACCACCACCAUCAUCAGCAGCAACAGCAGCAGCACAUUCAGGGUAACGAUUCGGACGAUGUGCAGCAGCGGAACGCGACGACGGACGACUCGGAUGGCCGGGUGACUCCCGUGACCGAGACAGCGGCCGGUCUGAUUUACAACGACGGCCAGAAGACGGUCAUGUACACCCAUGACAAAGAAAUCAUUUACGAGAACGAGCACGAGGUACAGGUGGUCAAGUAUCCGCCGCCGCGACCAUCGCCUCCGUCGCCGUCUCCGCCGUCGGCCUGCGUCACCCCGAGAUCCGCCGUCUCGGCCACAGCCGCUGCCGCGACAGCUCUGCAAUUGCACUAUCCGCAGCUGCAACUGCAACACGAGGACAGUCUACCGCCGACGGUACGGCACACCGUGAGCACAUCCGUAUCGAAUGGCGCGACCCCCACGACGACGGUGCUCGUGCUUUCGGAGCUCGUCGCCGCCGAUCCGGCCGUCGCCGGUGCGGCUGCGGCCGCGCAACAACUGACACUCACUGCCGCCGCCGCCGCUGCCACAGCUUCACUUCGUGUCGGACGACGCAGUCGCAGCGAGGAGGAUACAAACGGCACCGUCGUCAGUGACAACGCGCAACAGCAGCAGGACUACGUAUCCGGACAGCGUGAACCGGAAGAAGAGGAGGAAUUGGGAGCGGAGGAGGCGGCGGCUCAGGCAGCGGCACAGUCCCUGCAGAGCGGUGCCGAAGACGCCGAUCCGGAAGUGCACAAAAGAGUCGCGGUGCAGGUGCAGGUGCAGGGUAUGGAGGGCGACUGGCGCGCCUACUGCGAGCACCCGCUCUCGGUAGCGACCGCUGCCAUGCUAAAUCUCCAGCAGCAGCAUCAGGUGUCGGCGGUAGCCAGCCAUGGCGAUGACCCUGGCGCGUCCUACGUCUACGAAUAUUACAAACUGCCCGAGAAAACGGCUGCGGAUGUCAAGUUGCCGCCCACGCACGAGCUCUGGUCCACGGGUGUGAUGGGCCAGAAGCUGCUGGUGCAGGAGGCGCCUGGCUCCGGUUCCGCCUCGACGAAUCGGAUGGAAGGCGGCGAAGGCGCCGGAGGAGGGGAGCUACACCACUUCCUCCAUCAGUACAACCAGCAGUCCCACAGUCCCGGUCAGAGUCUGCAGGGUGGUCUUCCGCUUCCGCUGAGCCCGCAGUCCCUGCGACACGACGGUGCCUCGAGCGCCGGCAUCGCCGGGGUCAAGAGGGAACCAGAGGACCUCAGCUCAUCGCGCGCGGGCCAACAAUCGAGCAAACGGCACAAACAGGAAAGCCCAACACCGCCGGGAAUGUACCACCAUCAUCAACAUCAGCUACAGGUGCAGCAGUACGGCAGCCCCUACGACCCCUACACGUCCUGCAGUCCGCGGCUACAGUCGACCGCGUACACGUCCACGUCGGCGACCGGGACCGGGAAUGCGACGGCGAACGCCGGAGGUGGCGGGCUCCAUCAGGAGGCGACGACGGUCUACGUCGCCGGCGACGCGCUGCCGCCGCUCGCCUCGUCCAGCUCCGCUUCCUCGCUGUCUACCACGACCGCUUCGUACACGAGGUACGAGGUUGUACCGAGCUCAUAUACUACGACACACGCGAUACGCUCGUCGUCGAGUAGCAGCAAAGUCCUGACCGUUGAUCUUCCCAGCCCCGACUCCGGCAUAGGCGCCGACGCGGUCACGCCGAGGCAGGACCAUCAUCCGCCCACGGCGCUUCAUCAGUCCUCGUUCGACUAUACGGAAUUAUGUCCUGGUGGGACGACAACCGGAGCGGCGGUGGUCCUCGAAAGUGGCGCCGUGAUACACCAUCAACCCCUGCAACUGCAACUACAGCAGAACCAUGCACAGGCACAGGUGCAACGCAACAGUCUCGUGUCCGCAGGUGCGACAAAUCCGAAUCCGAACCCAAAUCCGCCGAGGUCGCGGCCUUGGCAUGACUUUGGUAGACAAAACGAUGCCGACAAGAUUCAAAUACCGAAAAUUUUCUCGCCUUACGGAUUUAAGUAUCAUCUGGAGUCGCCGAUCAGCACGUCACAACGCCGCGAGGAUGACAGAAUAACAUAUAUCAAUAAGGGCCAAUUUUAUGGUAUCACAUUGGACUAUGUGCCCGAUCCUGACAAACCACUCCUCAAGGCAGGACAAACGGUCAAGAGUGUGGUAAUGUUGAUGUUUCGGGAGGAGAAGAGUCCGGAAGACGAGAUCAAAGCUUGGCAAUUUUGGCACGGCAGACAGCACUCUGUUAAGCAACGAAUUCUCGAUGCUGACACAAAGAACAGCGUCGGUCUGGUGGGCUGCAUAGAGGAAGUCGCGCACAAUGCGAUUGCCGUUUACUGGAACCCACUCGAAUCGUCAGCGAAGAUAAACGUGGCAGUACAGUGUCUCAGUACCGAUUUCUCGAGUCAGAAAGGCGUGAAGGGUUUACCGCUGCAUAUCCAGGUCGACACGUACGAGGAAUCGCCGCCUCACACGCACACGUAUACGCCGCCAUCCCAUCGGGGCUACUGUCAAAUUAAAGUCUUUUGCGAUAAGGGGGCAGAGAGAAAGACCCGGGACGAGGAGAGACGCGCGGCCAAGAGGAAGAUGACGGCGACAGGUAGAAAAAAGCUCGACGAGCUUUAUCACUCUGUCACGGAGCGCAGCGAGUUUUACUCCAUGGUCGACCUGCAUAAACCGCCGGUGCUGUUUUCGCCGCCGGCCGAACAUGCCAUCGACAAGUUCUCGACGAUGGAGUUGUCGGGCUUCUACGGUGGUGGCGGCGGCGGGGGCGGAGGUGACACCGACACCUCGUCCCUCAGUAACGGUGAAAGUGGAGGAUUGAAGGCGGGGGGUAGCAGCCCCUAUCCGGCGGCAUGCGGCCGACCGAGUCUGCCGGCCCUCAAGUUCCACAACCACUUUCCACCCGACAAUCUCAGUAGCCUGCACGACAAGAAGGACUCAUUGCUGAUGCAGGUACAGGAGCUACAAGGAUCGGUGCUGCAAGGGGUGCAACAGACCGGUUUAGCGGGUGCGAUAGUAUCCAACAAUCGGCUCCACUUGCAGCAACAACCGCCGCAUUUACGCCCGACCGAUGCCGAGGAGCGCGUUAUGCUAUACGUGCGUCAAGAAUCGCAGGAAGUCUUUACGCCGUUGCACGUUACGCCACCGACGGUCCAGGGAUUGCUCAAUGCUAUUGAGUCAAAGUACAAAAUUGCAUCCUCGAGUAUUAAUAACCUCUAUCGCAAAAACACAAAGGGAAUUACAGCGAAAAUUGACGAUGAUAUGAUCCGAUAUUACGUCGAUGAGGACCUGUUUCUGCUGGAAGUCAGUCACUCGCGGAUCAAUCCAGAUCCUGGCAGCGAACGUAACCCGAACUCGCCGGGUGAUCCCGGUGAUCCGGGCGAUUCUCCCUCUACGGCCGGAUACGAUGUCACCCUCAUCGAGCUAUCUCAUCCUCCACCAUUGCCGCACUCACCCCUUGCCAAUUCCACGCAUGCACAUGCCCACGUUCAUGACAAUAGCAACACGUGAACCGAAUUAGGCGAGACAGAAGUUCACUCUUGAUCGUGUAAAUAUACCAUGUAAGUUGGCGAGGACUGAUCAUCUGGAGGGAAAGGAGAGAGAGAUCUCGUAUCUAGCGAUAAUUGUUAAAUGGACAGCGAAAUUUUUUGCAUCGGAUUUGAAGAUUCUUGUACAAGUGAUCAGCUUAUUGAGAAGAUUCAUCUAAUUAAUUUUCAGUGAAGAAUCAUGAAGGAUCAUUAAAUUAUCACUCAGGAAGAAUCAUGAAGAAUCAUUAGAUUAUCAUUAUUGUAUUUUCAACAUUGAAGAAUAAUUCACACACAACAUUUCGUUAUUUCAAUAGAUCAUGUAAUCUUAUUAUAAUGUUAUAUAGAGAGUCGAAAUGUUUUGUAAAAAAAAUAUGACAUAUUUUCUAGAUUUUUUGGCGAUUAUUUCGUUAAUAAUUAUCAUUUGUAUAACACUUUUAAAUGAUCUUUUGAUAUAGCUGUAUGGGCUUCGACUCGACUGAAGCAAAUAGAAUGUGCAAGAAUGUACGCAUACGUCGCUAAUCGUACGAAAAGCGACAUGUUAUUUUAUAUUAUUUGUUUUCGUCUCGUGAACAAUUUAUAUGAUCAAUUAUUAGAUUAUAUAUAUAUAGGGUACUGAAGCGUUGCGCUGCAAACGCGAGCGCCAUGUAAAUCAAUCAAAAUUGAUUUAAGUAUCCCGGUAUAUGUUAUAUAUACGUAUAACGUAUAUUGUAGAUUUAUAUGAGAUUUAUUAAUUCGUACAUUACAUGACGUAUCGAUCCUUAAUUCGGAUAGUUGAUACAUAGCCUUUUAUACGUCCGCAAAUUUUAAAAAAGCGUCACAUUAAUAAUAUAAUCGAUAUUAAUCCCGCGAAUUAUCACAUUGAAAAUCGAUGAGAUAUAGAUACUUUAUGUACAUCAUAACGCGCGUGCCACCAUUUCAUGUUAAACGAAUGACUCGAUAUGUAUGUGUUAAUCAAUGAUAGAGGCGAUCUGUGUUCUUUCUGAUGCGACUCUGCGCAUUUCUAUUCGAUCUUCGUCCAUAAAGAUUUCAACGCGCGAUGUCGAUUUCGCGCAAUAAAUCAUACAAGAACGAUCGAGAAAUAUAAAAAAAGAUAAAAAAAUACGUAUUUCAUCAACAGCUCGUAAAAAGUUAAUCGAUACUUUCUUUUUAUUUGCCUCAUCUCGUUAACAAGAUUUUUAUAGCUUCUCGUUUAUGAGCAUAUUAACGCACGCGACGUAUUUAUGCAUGAAGACGUGGUGCGAUUUCGUAACGUUGCUAUUAACCGCGAUCAUUACAUGCGAAUCAAUCUCGGAGCAAAAAUCUAUAAUAUCGUGUUUAUAAAAAAAAAUUAUGAAAAAGAAUCGCUGAAAUUAGAGAUUGCCUCUUCUUGUGCUACACUUUUUGCCACGUUACGCUCGAAAUAACCUCGAGAAGCCACGACUUUUUCUAAGUCUUAAGACUAAUAAGAGUAAUAUAAUAUCACACUGUAUCUAUUCGUAGUAUAAUUCCUCUAUAACAUAGCAGCAGCCCGGAUCAGACGUUAAAUAAUAAAAUAACGAAUUGAUAUCUCGGAAUUAAAGCGAUCAAUAUUCUCUCCUCAGAAGAAAGAAAGAGAACCUCAUACGCAUUUUAAAAAUGUUUAUACUUCUAUCUUUAAAGCACAGAUCAAAUAAACUGCUAAACGAGAAAAUACUUUUUUGACUUUAAAAUAAAAGAAAAAAAAAUGAAAUCUUCAAGAAUUAUAUUCGGCCCUGCUUCCGAGAUGUUAAUUCAAGAUCUGUGCGAGAUAGAAACUCGCAUUGAUUACGUCGAAAACGAUUCACUCGAGAGCAAUUAAGAUAAAGAUUUUGUUUAUUGGAUAUAUGCUUUUUCAGGACAUAGAAUUACCACGCUUUAUAAUCUCAUAAUGAGUUCAAUAUUUCAGUCUCACUCGAAUGUAAUGAAAUCAUGAUAUCGUCGACACGUAUUAAACGCGCGACCGACGAUAGCAUUACCAAUAACUUGUGGUUAUGUAGUUUGUAAGAUAAAGUUUGAAGUAAAAUAUAUUUAAAAUGUGCCACCCCCGGUGAAAGCAAGCCACUUGCCAGCUUAUAUCACGCGCAAUCACGAUUAGGCGCGUAUGCACACAUAUAACGCGGAAACAUAUGCGUACUCAUACUCAUACGUUUUUUCAUACACGUAUACACAUACACAUACUUGUUGUCAAUUAUAUUAGAGAUUUAGAUUAAAGUAGCAUAAUCACGAUCAUGUUUUAUAUUAAUCAUAUACAUACGUCGAUACACACCGAUAUCAAAGCAAGGAUCAAAAUACGCUUGUAAAAUGCUUAUUAUUACUUAUUGAAUACUAUAUUUUGUUACAUUUAUUGCAGAUAGCAUAUAGAUUGAUAUUAUUAAUAUUAUGGAUUCUAUUCGAUUACGCGUAAAACAUAUAUUAUAGUUAUAUUAUAUUAUUAUUAAUAUUAUUAUAUUUUUUUUAUACACACGAAAGUGCGUGUCUGUACGGAGUGAGAAUGUAGAAAGAAGAAUGGAAAAUGAGAGAAAAAGAGACAAAGCGAGAAAUGGUGCGAAAGAAAUAGUGCGUAUGAAUGAAUAACUCGGAAUGUCUGUGUAUGAAAUGUCAGAGAAAGAGAGAGAAACUAGCAUCUAUAAAAUCAGUUUAUGUUACACAUAUCUAUGAAACCAAGAUUGUUGGUUAGCUUUAGUCCAUGACAUUUUUUUGACAUAAUCGCACCGUCCCCUUUUUGUCAACAUUUUCUCCUUCCAUGUCCUCUCAACAGCUACUGUUGCACGUAGAAACGAGAUGGAAUGUAUGAUUUGUUAUGUAGAGACAACAGCUGUGUCAUUGCGCCAUUUUAUUAUAAUAGUAUCAUUCCAUUAUAUUAUUAUUCUUACAAUUAUUAAUAUUAUUUACAUUAUGAGAACAGAGAAAGAGAACGAAAGAGAGAAAGAGAGAAUCGGAUGAGUCGAAGUUCUCGAACCGUCCCAGCAUUGUACUUAAACACCAACGUAAAUGACAACGUAAAUGGAAUGAACUCGCGAAUUUUAGAUUUUAUAAUGUUAGAAAUAGAGGAAUGCAUAGAUAAAAAAGCUGUUGUUGAUCGAUAAAUCAGACCGAGAGUGUCGGUUGAAUUCGGAAGUGUGAGAACUACACAAAAGGAUAAGAUGCGAGAAUGCCGAGAGUACAAUCGUUUUUCUUCCGCUGCGUUGUCUUGCCAUCGUGAGAUUGUGCCAGAGGUGAUAUUAUAUUAUUACGAUGUUUAUUGCAACAAUAAAUAUUAUAUUAGUACGUUUUAUAAAUCGCACGCAUUUAUUAUUGCUAGAGGUAAGUUUUAUAAUCUUUAUUGUUGUCGUAUCAUCAUAUUGCUUGGCGGAACAUGUGUGAAUAAAUUAUAUUAAAAUAA